AUGAUGGUAAAGAUGAAAAUCAGGGCAAAGCUUUUCGAGUCGUCGGAGGUUACAUCGUUGCCAGUUGGUAAAAGAGGCGAAAGCAAACGCAACAGAGUUCCUCGUGGCGGCGGCGAGGCGUCGAGCCGCUUCCAACCUCGAUCGGAGCAGCUUGACGAGGAACCCUUGUCACCGGUGCUCUUGUUGAGUCUUAUGCAUGUACGGAAGCACGAAUGGGCGAAGAUGCCACCGAAGCCACCUUCUGUUGAACUACAUCGCGAGUUGGAGGCUGCUUGUAUUGGAUUGGGUUUGUACACUGAGGAGAAGAUCGUGGAUUAG